AUGGCCUACGUCUUAACCGAAACUGCGGCGGGUUACGCCCUUCUCAAGGCCGCCGACAAAAAGAUAUACAAGUCCACCACCUUGUUGGAAGACUUGGAUACCGCUGAGAAAGUUGCCGAACAGUUUAAAGUCCACAGAUUUGAAAAGUUCCUGUCAGCCGCCGGUGCGUUGGAAGAAGCCAAUGCUGUCAUCGAAGGCCGUGUUUCGGAAACAUUGAAGAAAUUCUUAAGCGAGGUCAAACAGGACAAGAAGGCCACGUUGGUUGUUCUGGAGACAAAAUUGGGUAAUGCCAUCAACAAAUUGGGAUUGAAUUUCUCGGUUGUAUCUGAUGCUGCUUCGUUGGAUUUGCACCGUUCGAUCAGAGAGUUCUUGCCAGAACUUCUCCCAGGAUUGGACGAUAAUGCUUUGAAGCAGAUGUCGUUGGGUUUGGCUCAUUCCAUUGGUCGUCACAAAUUGAAAUUCAGUGCCGAUAAGGUAGACACCAUGAUUGUUCAAGCCAUUGCCUUGUUGGAUGACUUGGAUAAGGAGUUAAAUACCUAUGCUAUGAGAUGUAAGGAGUGGUACGGGUGGCAUUUCCCCGAAUUGGCCAAGAUGAUCACCGACUCGGUGGCCUACGCCAGAAUCAUUCUCACCAUGGGUAUUAGGUCCAAUGCUUCCGAAACCGACUUAUCGGAAAUAUUGCCAGAGGAAAUGGAAGAAAAAGUGAAAACCGCCGCCGAGGUGUCCAUGGGAACAGAAAUUACUCCCAUUGAUCUCGAAAACAUCAAAGCGUUGGCCGAACAAAUUGUGGAUUUUGCUGCCUACAGAGAACAAUUGUCCAACUACUUGUCGGCUCGUAUGAAGGCUAUUGCUCCCAACUUGACAGCCUUGGUCGGCGAGUUGAUUGGUGCUCGUCUUAUUGCCCACGCUGGUUCGUUGACUUCGCUUUCCAAAGCUCCUGCUUCCACCAUCCAGAUUCUCGGUGCAGAAAAGGCGCUUUUCAGAGCCUUGAAAACCAAGCACGAUACUCCCAAGUAUGGUUUGCUCUACCAUGCCUCGCUCGUGGGACAGGCUACUGGCAAAAAUAAGGGAAAAAUUGCCAGAGUUUUAGCUGCAAAAGCUGCCGUUGCUUUGCGUUACGAUUCGCUCUCAGAAGAGAGAGACGAUUCUGGAGACUUUGGAUUUUCCGUUAGAGCCAAGGUGGAAUCUCGUUUAAGUGCCUUGGAGGGCCGCGAUAUGCGUACCACUUCAAAAGUUGUCAGAGAACAGCAGAAGAUAGAAAUCAAGGAAGCUCCACAAUACAACGCCGAUGCUGAUGCUGGUGGAGAUUCUGACGACGAAGAAGAGGAAGAAGAACCAGAAAAGAAGGAAAAGAAAGAGAAGAAGGACAAGAAAGAAAAGAAAGAGAAGAAGGAGAAGAAAGAAAAGAAAGAGAAGAAAGACAAGAAGAGAAAGAGAGAUGAAGACGACGAGGAUGACAAGAAGAAAUCCAAAAAGGACAAAAAGUCCAAGAAGGAAAAGAAGGAGAAGAAGUAG